CUCCCCUUUCUAUUUCUAACCUCUCAACGUAUGUGUAUUUACCCAUUUCGCGUUGCCUCCUAAUGAUUUUCGCAAGUAUUUGCACUUUUCACGUAAUGUUUUUCGUCAAAUUACCGAAAUUUACAAUUUUCGAAAAAUAGCAUUCACCUAUAAUAGUUAUUUAAAGCAUAGAAAUCAGUUAUCCGCGAUUCCAACCAAACUUUGUGUGUGUAAAAAUUGCAUUAAAAUGUUGAGUGAUUUUCGGACAACUCGGUUUAUUUAAUACAUUUCAUAGCAGAAAUGUAUAUUUUCAAAGGUUAGAGGUGUAAAAAUGAAAUAAAAGGAUCGUAUACAGUUAUAAGAGACAAGUGCCCAGACUUCUCGUAAUAAGGGAAGACAUUUUCAAUGAGGCUAUAAAAAGAACAUUCGCAGUGUAGUUAUUAUUACAAAUUGCAUUGAGAAUGGAUGUUGUAUUACUAGAUUCUCCGUCCCCUGACUGUAUUCAAGUCCAGUCAGACAAAAAAGCUGGUUUGAAACCAACCAUGAAUGCGCAAAGCACGGACGAAAUAUGUCGACUGUGUGGCGAAAUCUGCGAAAAUGGCAUAUCAAUAUUCGAUAACAAAUCGUCAGUUGCUGAGAAAAUUAGCAGAUGUCUACCAAUAAUUGUACGUGCUAAUGACGAAUUGCCGUCACACGUCUGUAAGCGAUGUCUCGCCUACUUAAACAUCAGUUACAAAUUAAUUGUAAACUCUCUAAAAACUGACACUUUUCUGCGCAAGAAAUUAGAGCUUAAAAAACCGAAAAAAAAUGAAACCAAGACUCCUCACGAGGCCUUAAAAAUCCCGCAGAUUAAUUUGACAGCAAAGGAAGAAUUUCCAAUAAUGCCGAUGAAGAAAUUGAAAAAAAUGGCAAUAAACGGCCCUGUCACCUGUGAAUUCUGCAGUCUUGUCUUUGAAGACGUCUAUGAAUUCGACGAACACUUCGAGUCGAAUCAUAUCCUCAAAUGGAAAUGUAAUUUCUGCGACGGAAGUUUUCCAACUUCGGACGAGCUGAUCACCCACAAGGCAAUGAUGCAUGCCGGAAAUAUAAUUAUCUGUAAAGCCUGCGUCGACGAGGAAACGGCGAUGAACGAGAAGAAUCUAAAAAUCGAGGAUGACAGUUUCUCAUCCGGCGAGGAGCAUGAGGACAAAUUUUACAUACCCGCCGACGAAUCCAUGUCAUCAAAUUCCCAGGAAUCAGUAUCUCCUCCCGCCGCUUCUUCCUCGAAUUCGCCCGCUUUAAAAUCCGCCCUCAAAUCAACCCACAUUUCCGGCGAGGAAUUUGCCGAUACUCCCACAACUUCAAAUCCGAAAAAUAUGCUGCCCGCGUCUUUCCUCGUCUCGUCCGAGUUGACCUCCAAGUUUCUCACGAGUUCGUCGAAGGGCCAGCCGAAAAUUCUUUUUUCCGGUGAUGGGCCACAUUUGGGUUUUGCCGGAAAUCCGGAUUUGGAAUCGGGUCUAAAUAAUGGCGGCUCACCUGGCGCCGCGGAAUUGUCGAAAACGGCGAGGAUCACGUCCGUGGACAAGCUGACGAAAUCUGUGAGAUUUUCGAUAAACGACCAGGUCGAGGAGAUCAGGAUUGGGGAGAAGGGGAAGAAUUACAUGACCUGCGACGUCUGUCAUCUUCGAGUCGAUGACAAGAAGCUCUUUGAGCUCCAUCAGAAAAUUCAUCGGUUGAAAACUAUGCAGUGUGUUUUGUGCAAGCGGGAAUCGCCGACUAUUUACGAUCUUUAUCUCCAUAAAAGACAGGCGCACAAUCUCUAUUCGAAGGUUAAUCUGAAAUAUGUUUGUGACAAGUGUGGACGUUUCUUCUCAAAUAGUUGGCAGUGGGAGUCGCACAAAAUGCGCCGAUGUAGGAAUCGAGAGGGCAGCAACAAAUGCAAGUACUGCGAGGCUUCCUUCUCCACGGAGCACAAACUUAAACGACAUUAUAGGAAACAUAAAGAGGAGCUGAUUAACGAUCCUGAAGUUGAACCUUUCAGAUGUGUUUCAUGUCCGAAAAUUUUCUAUGAUGAGGAAUUUUACCAGAAGCACAGAAACGUCCACGAUCCCGAAUGUUGGAACAAUUUUAAAUGCAACGCAUGUGACCGAUCUUUCAGAGAUGCUGUGAGGCUAAGAGAACACGUAAAGUCCAUACACGAAGGAAUUAAACCACACGUGUGUGAUAUGUGUGGAAAAAGUUUUCACCGUUUGUCCAACAUGAAAGUACAUCGAGCGCUGCACCUUGGUCACAAGUGCACUCACUGUGAGCAAGUAUUUGAAAAAGUGCGCCAACUAGUGAGUCACAUUCAGGACGACCACGGCUUGGAGCCACCAGCCAGCUUAUUGGCCAAGAAAGGAUACGUGAGCGGAACUUACGUUUGCAGAUUUUGUGGAAGAACUUUGGCAACUUAUCAGUCUUUGCUGGACCAUGAACACAUUCACACGGGCGAGAAGCCUUAUUCUUGUCACAUAUGCGACAAAAGUUUCCGAAGCUACACGGCGCGCUGGUCCCACGUGCAGAGGCACGAAAAAGGAACUUACAUCUGCGAACAAUGUGGCAAAAGCUUCAGCUUCAAGCAAAACUUGAUGACACACGUGCAGAUUCACGUGUCGAUGGAAGACCGGAAACAUCAGUGUCACGUUUGCCAGAAAAAGUUUCUUCGAAAGGCGCAUUUAAAUGUGCACAUGCGAAUUCACGAUGGAAUUCGUCCCUACACCUGCGACAUUUGUAAUUUCAGUUUUACGCAAAUCGGCGACAUGAGAAGACAUCGGGCUCGGCAUGAAAAUGGCACCGAAAUGCGGAAAAGAACGCAGCGACCAAAAGUCCCAAUUCCGAAAUGGGUGUCCGAAAGCAGCAACGAGGAAUCAAAUUAAAUUCCUUCACAUUUAGCUUCAUUCUUAGGAUUUAGUUUCGUGAAAAACUAGGUAUAUUUUUGCUUUACUCGUAAUUAGAAAUUAUGAUUAAUUAAAUUUAUUGUGCAUAAUCUCACUGGCCGUCUACUGAAUCGAGCAAAAAAAUAAUCCAGCUAUUGGUACCGAGAUUUCGGUGCAAAAAUCAAGAGGGCUUAAAUUAUUGAUCUUAAAUUAUACAUUUAAGAUAUGAGAGUGUUGAAUUUUUUUUUUUUUUUCAAUUU